AUGGCGGACCCCAAGAUCUACACGGUCGGCUGGAUCUGUGCCAUUAAGCCCGAGAUCGUCGCCGCCCGAGCCUUCCUGGACGAAGAACACAAAGAGCCCAUGACAUCCUUCCAGCACGACAACAACUCUUAUACCCGAGGGAAGAUGGCAAACCACAACGUGGUGAUCGCAGCUUUGCCUAAGUGGGAGUACGGCACAACAACGGCUGCAACGGUUGCGAGAGACAUGCUUCGCACAUUCCCAAACAUCCGAAUCGGGCUGAUGGUCGGCGUUGGCGGCGGGGUUCCAAGCCAUGAGCAUGACAUACGCCUCGGAGACGUCGUGGUUGCCAGUCGUGACCGCAAGACAGGCGGGGUUUUCCAGUAUGACUACGGCAGAAGGAUGCAGGAUCAGCCUUUCGAGACAACAGGCGCCUUGAACCAGCCACCACAGUCAAUACUGACAGCUGUGGCCAGUCUAGAGAGCACUUUCGAGUUGGAGGGCCAUCAACUUAACGAUGCCGUGGACGGGGCCUUAAAUCGGCGACCUCGGCUUCGAAAGUCCUACUGUCGUCCGCCUGCAGACCAUGACCGGCUUUUCAAGUCUAGUAUCACCCACUCAUCUGGAAACUGUUCCAAAAAGUGCAAUGCCGAUCCGUCGAACUUGGUUUCUCGACCCGAAAGAGGGGAAGACGACGACAACCCUGCAAUCCACUACGGAUUGAUCGCCUCCGCAAACCAAUUGAUGAAGGAUGCAAAAGAAAGAGACUUGGCGGCAGAGGAGGGCGUGCUUUGUUUCGAGAUGGAAGCUGCAGGCCUGAUGAACCAUUUUCCAUGUCUGGUGGUCCGCGGCAUCUGCGACUACUCAGACACCCAUAAGAACCAGGACUGGCAAGGCUUCGCAGCUAUGAUGGCCGCUGCAUACGCAAAGGAUCUUUUGCAUCAGAUCCCACCUAACAAGGUUGAGAUGGAAACAAGACUUGCAGAAAUUUUGGAGUCUAUUGAAGUGAAACAGACCCAGCAACUUCAGACCAUUAACGAAACAAAAGGCACGGUCGAGGCGAUAAAAUCUGACGGCCAUAAUGCAAAUAUUAAGAAUUGGCUUAAACCCCCUGAUACAUCCAUCAACUCCAACCGCGCGAGGGAACUUCGUCACGAAGGAACUGGCGCCUGGUUCCUCAAUAGCACCGCCUUCAAAGAGUGGAAACUCGGGUCGCGUCGGCAUUUGUGGCUGCAUGGGAUACCAGGAUGUGGCAAGACCAUUCUUAGCACCACGGUCCUCGAUGAUCUGACGAAGCUGAACGAUCGCAUCACGCUUAAUUUCUUCUUUGACUUUAGCGAUACUAGAAAAACAAAGCUGGACGAUAUGUUACGCUCGCUUACCUUUCAACUCUACCAGCAACAGGACGAAUAUGCAAGAGUAGUCGACAGUCUCUUCGAAACUCACGACAAGGGUCAAAGACAGCCCGCAACGGAGACGCUGGCUGGCUCUCUUCGCGCCAUGAUGAAGAUUUCGGCUGGUAUCUUCAUCGUCUUGGAUGCCCUGGACGAAUGCGCCGUGAGAGACAAGCUGCUUGCAUGGAUGGAGACCUUCUUGUCCGAUCCCGAUCUGUCCCGCGUUCAACUGAUUGCUACCGGCCGGCCAGAAGCAGAGUUCCAGCGUGGCAUUCCCGGCGUCAUUGGCGAAGGAAACUGCGUCUCGCUCAGCAAGGAGCCUGUCAACGCCGAUAUCCGCUCCUACGUCAAGGAGAGGGUUGAGAACAGCCCAGGGUUCAGGGAUUGGGCCUCGUAUCCGGAUGUGCUUAGGGAGAUCGAGGAUGAGGUCGGCAGCAAAGCAGACGGAAUGUUUAGAUGGGCCGCAUGCCAGCUGGAUAGCCUCCAGACGUGCCUCGAUUACGAAGGAAUCCAGGCCGCUCUCAAGUCUCUACCCCGCGAUCUGAACGAGACAUACGACCGCAUCAUCCAGAACAUUCCAUCCGAGCGCAAGAAAAAGGCUGUUCGGCUGCUGCAGUUUCUGGUGCAUGCCGAGCGGCCUUUGACGCUCCAGGAGGCCGUGGAUAUAAUAGCCGUCCGGCUUGACAAUACCCCACGAUACUUCGAUGGCAAAUACAGGCUACCUUCUCCGGCUAACAUUACGAAAUUUUGUCCAAGCCUAGUAUCGAUUAUCCGAGUUUCGACUGACGCCACAGUAGUAGAAGAACUACAGCUGGCCCACUUCUCGGUUAAGGAGUAUCUGUUAGAGCAGAAAGUCGAGGGGUUUCGCUAUACAGAGGCUAGCAUCAGCAUCACGCUCACCUGCCUCACAUACCUCGCCAGCAUAAAAGAGUAUCACAAUGCAGAAAUGAGGUCAUGGUUCCCGUUCGCAAAUUAUGCAGCAGAGGUCUGGAUGGACCACGCCAGACCGGCUGAAGAUUCAGAAGAUGUCGUUACAACAACGGUGCGCUUUUUGUGGAACGAGACGACGUUUAGGCUGUGGGCUAGCCUGUUCCAACCUGACAGGGAAUGGGAUAACAACCCAGGAUUUCCCACAGCGGCCUGCCUUUACUUUGCAUGCUUCAAGGGCCUCACAGCUAGCACUAGAAGCCUACUAGACAAGGGGGCGGAUAUCAAUGCUGAUGGCGGAGAGUAUGGCAAUGCUCUCCAAGCCGCUUCGUAUGGAGGCUACCAGGAGAUUGUGCGGAUGCUCUUGGAUAAGGGGGCGGAGGUCAAUGCUGAGGGCGGAGAGUAUGGCAACGCUCUCCAAGCCGCUUCAUCCAGAGGCCACCAGGAGAUUGUACGGAUGCUCUUGGAUAAGGGGGCGGAUGUUAAUUCUGAGGGCGGAGAGUAUAGCAACGCUCUCCAAGCCGCUUCAUCUGAAGGCUACCAGGAGAUUGUGCGGAUGCUCUUGGAUAAGGGGGCGGAGGUUAAUGCUGAGGGCGGAGAGUAUGGCAACGCUCUCUAUAUCGCUUCAGAUAGAGGCUACCAGGAGAUUGUGCAGAUGCUCUUGGAUAAGGGGGCGUCUGUCAAUGCUGAGGGCGGCAUUUAUGGCAACGCUCUCCAAGCCGCUUCAUUUAGAGGCCACCAGGAGAUUGUGCGGAUGCUCUUGGAUAAGGGGGCGUCUGUCAAUGCUGAGGGCGGAGAGUAUGGCAACGCUCUUCAAGCCGCUUCAUCUGAAGGCUACCAGGAGAUUGUGCGGAUGCUCUUGGAUAAGGGGGCGGAUGUUAAUGCUAAGGGCGGUUAUUAUGGCAACGCUCUUCAAGCCGCUUCAUCCAGAGGCCACCAGGAGAUUGUACGGAUGCUCUUGGAUAAGGGGGCGGAUGUUAAUGCUAAGGGCGGUUAUUAUGGCAACGCUCUUCAAGCCGCUUCAUCCAGAGGCCACCAGGAGAUUGUACGGAUGCUCUUGGAUAAGGGGGCGGAUGUUAAUGCUAAGGGCGGAGAGUAUGGCAACGCUCUUCAAGCCGCUUCAUAUGGAGGCUACCAGGAGAUUGUGCGGAUACUCUUGGAUAAGGGGGCGGAUGUCAAUGCUAAGGGCGGAGAGUAUGGCAACGCUCUUCAAGCCGCUUCAUCUGAAGGCUACCAGGAGAUUGUACGGAUGCUCUUGGAUAAGGGGGCGGAUGUUAAUGCUAAGGGCGGCUUUUAUGGCAACGCUCUUCAUGCCGCUUCAUCCAGAGGCCACCAGGAGAUUGUGCGGAUACUCUUGGAUAAGGGGGCGGAGGUCAAUGCUGAGGGCGGAGAGUAUGGCAACGCUCUUCAAGCCGCUUCAUCCAGAAGCCACCAGGAGAUUGUACAGAUGCUCUUGGAUAAGGGGGCGGAUGUUAAUGCUAAGGGCGGUUAUUAUGGCAACGCUCUUCAAGCCGCUUCAUCCAGAGGCCACCAGGAGAUUGUACGGAUGCUCUUGGAUAAGGGGGCGGAUGUUAAUGCUAAGGGCGGUUAUUAUGGCAACGCUCUUCAAGCCGCUUCAUCCAGAGGCCACCAGGAGAUUGUACGGAUGCUCUUGGAUAAGGGGGCGGAUGUUAAUGCUAAGGGCGGAGAGUAUGGCAACGCUCUUCAAGCCGCUUCAUAUGGAGGCUACCAGGAGAUUGUGCGGAUACUCUUGGAUAAGGGGGCGGAUGUCAAUGCUAAGGGCGGAGAGUAUGGCAACGCUCUUCAAGCCGCUUCAUCUGAAGGCUACCAGGAGAUUGUGCGGAUGCUCUUGGAUAAGGGGGCGGAUGUCAAUGCUGAGGGCGGAGAGUAUGGCAACGCUCUCCAAGCCGCUUCAUCCAGAGGCCACCAGGAGAUUGUACGGAUGCUCUUGGAUAAGGGGGCGGAUGUUAAUUCUGAGGGCGGAGAGUAUAGCAACGCUCUCCAAGCCGCUUCAUCUGAAGGCUACCAGGAGAUUGUGCGGAUGCUCUUGGAUAAGGGGGCGGAUGUCAAUGCUAAGGGCGGUUAUUAUGGCAACGCUCUUCAAGCCGCUUCAUCUGAAGGCUACCAGGAGAUUGUACGGAUGCUCUUGGAUAAGGGGGCGGAUGUUAAUGCUAAGGGCGGAGAGUAUGGCAACGCUCUUCAAGCCGCUUCAUCCAGAAGCCACCAGGAGAUUGUACAGAUGCUCUUGGAUAAGGGGGCGGAUGUUAAUGCUAAGGGCGGUUAUUAUGGCAACGCUCUUCAAGCCGCUUCAUCCAGAGGCCACCAGGAGAUUGUACGGAUGCUCUUGGAUAAGGGGGCGGAUGUUAAUGCUAAGGGCGGUUAUUAUGGCAACGCUCUUCAAGCCGCUUCAUCCAGAGGCCACCAGGAGAUUGUGCGGAUGCUCUUGGAUAAGGGGGCGGAUGUCAAUGCUAAGGGCGGAGAGUAUGGCAACGCUCUUCAAGCCGCUUCAUCUGAAGGCUACCAGGAGAUUGUGCAGAUGCUCUUGGAUAAGGGGGCGUCUGUCAAUACUAAGGGCGGCUUUUAUGGCAACGCUCUUCAUGUCGCUUCAUCCAGAGGCCACCAGGAGGUUGUGCGGAUACUCUUGGAUAAGGGGGCGGAGGUCAAUGCUGAGGGCGGAGAGUAUGGCAACGCUCUUCAAGCCGCUUCAUCCAGAAGCCACCAGGAGAUUGUACAGAUGCUCUUGGAUAAGGGGGCGGAUGUUAAUGCUAAGGGCGGUUAUUAUGGCAACGCUCUUCAAGCCGCUUCAUCCAGAGGCCACCAGGAGAUUGUACGGAUGCUCUUGGAUAAGGGGGCGGAUGUUAAUGCUAAGGGCGGUUAUUAUGGCAACGCUCUUCAAGCCGCUUCAUCCAGAGGCCACCAGGAGAUUGUACGGAUGCUCUUGGAUAAGGGGGCGGAUGUUAAUGCUAAGGGCGGAGAGUAUGGCAACGCUCUUCAAGCCGCUUCAUAUGGAGGCUACCAGGAGAUUGUGCGGAUACUCUUGGAUAAGGGGGCGGAUGUCAAUGCUAAGGGCGGAGAGUAUGGCAACGCUCUUCAAGCCGCUUCAUCUGAAGGCUACCAGGAGAUUGUGCGGAUGCUCUUGGAUAAGGGGGCGGAUGUCAAUGCUGAGGGCGGAGAGUAUGGCAACGCUCUCCAAGCCGCUUCAUUUAGAGGCCACCAGGAGAUUGUGCAGAUGCUCUUGGAUAAGGGGGCGGAUGUCAAUUCUCUCUAG